AUGUAUGCAACAGACAAAGGGCCACAGUCUGUGGCUGUUGGCGAUCUUAACAAUGAUAGCCGAUUAGACAUCGUUGUUGGUAAUGCUGGCAGCAAUAAUGUGAGUGUGUUUUUUGGAUAUGGUAAUGGCUCUUUUACAAAUCAAAUCACGUAUUCAACAGGUGAAAUGCCAUAUUCUGUAGCUGUUGGUGAUAUCAACAACGACAAUCGGCUAGAUAUCAUUGUCACCAAUUAUUACGACAACGUUGUGAGUAUUCUUCUUGGAUAUGGUAAUGGCUCAUUUGCAAAUCAAAUCACAUGUUCCACUGGUCAAUUUCCAUAUUCUGUAGCCGUUGGUGAUUUUAAUAACGACAAUCAACUAGAUAUCGUUGUCACCAAUUAUUACGACAACGUUGUGAGUAUUCUUCUUGGAUAUGGUAAUGGCUCUUUUACAAAUCAAAUCACGUAUCCAACAGGCGAAAAGCCAUAUUCUGUAGCUGCUGGUGAUUUCAAUAACGACAAUCGAUUAGAUAUCGUUGUUGCCAAUGCCGAGAGUAAUGAUGUAAGUGUUCUUCUUGGAUAUGGUAAUGGUUCUUUUGCACAGCAAACUACAUAUGUAACUGGCCGCUAUCCACAAUCUGUAGCUGUUGGUAAUUUCAACAACGAUACCGGUUCGGAAAUCGUUGUCGCCAAUGCUAUUGGUAACAGUAUAAGUGUUCUUCUUGGAUACAUCAAUAUAGGUUUUAUACACGAAACCAGAAUCCCAUCUGGCAACGAUUUGCGAUCACGAUCGUUUGCCACUGGUGAUUUUAACAAUGAUGAUCAAAUGGAUAUCGCCGUUACUAAUAUGAAUUCUCACAGCAUCGGAAUUUUUCUCGGAUUUGGCAAUAUAUCUUUUACAACUGAAGCAACAUAUUCAACUGGUUCGUCUUCGUCGCCAUACUCUAUGGCUGUUGGUGAUUUCAAUAAAGAUAGCCGACUUGAUAUCGUCGUCGCUAAUUAUGGUUCUGGCAACGUAGGUAUUUUUCUCGGAUAUGGCAAUGGUUCUUUUAUCAAUCAAACGACAUACUCAACGGGUCCUAAUUCCGAUCCAUAUUCUGUCUCUGUUGGUGAUUUUAACAAUGACACCAUACUGGAUAUUGUCGUUGCUAAUCAAGGCACUAAUAUUGUGGGCAUAUUGCUUGGAUAUGGCGAUGGCUCAUUCGCAAGUAUGAUUCCAUUUUCGAUGGGCUACGGAUCUCAGCCGUUCUCCGUGGUCGUUGGUGAUUUCAACCGUGACAGCAAACUGGAUUUGAUCGUGGCGAAUGAUGGCACUGACAGUUUAUAUAUUCUCUUACAGACCUGUUAA